AUAUAGAGUUGCAAACAAAAAGAUGAAUUAUCAUAGCAAGAAUAUAUUUGUAAAUGGAUCAGAAGGCAGCGGCUAAGUCAAAGAACAAGGUUUUAAAGUUUAUACCGAGGGCAGUUCAAGCGGCGGUUUCAUUUCAAAACCUUCCGUUCAGCCCGCGCCGGGACAGGCGGCCUGAUGUCAACGCACUCAGGCCCAGAUCACAUCUCAAUAAGGGCUUUUCCGGCCCGAUUGUGUCUAUGAUUCCGGCUGAAGCCCGAGGGAAAUCCAACAACUUCGAAACUCAAGAACCCACUUCACCGAAGGUAUCGUGCAUGGGCCAAAUCAAGCACAAGAAGAAGAUCUCAAGAAAGAAACACGCUUCUUUACCGAAAGAAUUCAAGCCCGUUUCCCGUUCACAGCCCGAGAAAACUAACGCGGCAAGGGGCCCGGCUUCUAAGCCAUCGGGGAUGAAGUUGUUUUUCGGCGCCGGAGGAAGAUCUGAUGACGGGUCGAAGGAUCACGCGGAGCCGUCGGUUGCCGCGCCGAGCCUGAGCCAGAUGAGGAGAUUCGCGAGCAGCCGUGAGACGUUUGCCAAUUUUGAUUGGACGACGGCACAAAUUGCACCGGAGGAGGACCGGGAAUUUUUCUCCGAUGAAGAGAGGGGGGACAGUGACGCGGAGGAUGACGUCAUAAUCCCUUUCUCGGCGCCGAUAAUGGUGGGCUGUGGUGUGGCCAGCUUGGAAUUGGAGCCGAGGAAGGAGAUCAAUUUGUGGAAAAGGCGGACCAUGGCUCGGCCUCAGCCUCUUCAGUUGAACUGACAUGGAGCCAGCAAAUUAAAACAGCACGAAAAUAAAGAAAGAAAAUUUCUUAUUUUCUUCUUUCCCGUUUUUGCCCUUGCCCUUUAUAAUUUCUUCUUCUUCUUCUUCUUUUUUUUCUUUUUCUUUUUCUUUUUUUUUUCUUUUUUGUUGUAUGGUGAAUAUGCAGAAGCAUUUUUUGUAAAUGAGAUAAACAUAUACAAAUAGGAUAAAGUUAAUGAAUUU